AUGCUUGUAAAGACGCAAUAUAUUGAUCCCAACUUUAAAUAAGAAUUUUGGGCAUUUCUGGAUUAAAUUAUUGCAUUACUUGACAAAGUUGAUAAAAUACUAAUAAGCAAUGAAUAAUUCAAGUUCGUCAUCCACAAGUGAUUCUUGUCUACCAGAUGGUAAUUAUCGUCAUUGGUUCUUGAUUCCUGCUGUUGCAAUAUUGACGAUAUUAGCCUUUUUAAAUCGUCGUAAGAGCUUUAAGACUGAAAUGCUUAAAGGUCGUCCUGGUGUUGUGAUUCCGAUAGAUUUUCUGGACAGAAAUCGUAACACAAUUGUAACUUUAUUUGGAGCAAUAACUGGUUCUAUUUUGUUGCUUGUACUGAAAGUUUUUACUUCUCAUGACAAUCCUUGGGCUAAAGCCUUCCUGCCCAUUUUAAUUUGUAUUGAGAUUGCUUUUCUCUUUCAUCCAAUCUUUGGAUGUUUGGCUUCACAUUAUCGUAUUAUUGGAUCAUUGUUAGGCUUUAGUUACAGUCUGUCGUUCUUCUUGGUUGAAAAUAUUCAAAAUUUUGAAUCUUAUCAAAAGUGCAAGAGCAUUUCCCUUCUUUAUGUUGUCGCAGACAUACCAGUAAUUCUUUGUCAACUAUUUAUUAUUGGCAAAUUUUUGAUCGUGUUGUUUAAAGAGAGAAAGAAUUUUGGUCAACUAUUCUACGAUGAGACUAAAGAUAAUUCUAUUAAUGUAAAACUUUCAUUGCCAUGGUUCAAUGAUUAUGUCAAAAAUAUUUUUUAUCCAAGAAAAACACCUGACCACUCCAAAGUUUUAUCAUAUUUAAGGAAGAUAUAUAAUCCUUAUAAAUAUUUUAAAUUUUCAACUCAUACUUUAUCUGUGUUGAUGGUUUGUUCUAUUAUUUUAUAUGGCGGAACAACUUUUAUUAUAAUUGUUGCUCAAUCCUUUAACGUUCGCAACCAAAAUUCAACUUUGGAAGACGUUAUUCAUGGCAUUCGUGAUUCCUUAAUCGUAGCGUUGAUUCUCACGUUUUUGUUUUGUUCGAUCUCCCUUCUUCGUUUUAUGGAGAACCAUAAAAAUAACAUGUUACGAAUGUUUAAAGGCGAUAAAUCCUUCAUUCCAAAAGGAAUAAAAUCUUCACAGUUUAUGAUCGGAAAAGGUUUGAGAUAUCAAAGUUUUCAAAUUGGCUAUUUUCUCUGGGGUUAUUUGCUACAGUUGCUUAUGUUGUUCCUUAUUUGUGGUUUUUUCUACUGUCUAAAGAUUCCCAUUUUUCGAAAAUGGGUUUUGAAUCGUGUCAAAACAGUAAGCGUUUUCUUUGCUGUGGGAUUAUUAACUAAACUUACUCUUCCUUUAACUGCUGUGACAAUUUUUCGUGAUCCUGAUUACAAUAAAAAUGUAAUAUCCAUGAACAACAGGAACGCGUAUUUAGUAUUUUCAUAUUUUUGGUUCUUCAUUGGUCUUCCCAUGGGAAUAUUGUCAGCAUUGUUACGUAUUUUAAAAGCAAUGAUAAUUGGGCUUAUCUUGUUACCAAGAGUGGAUCAUAGUGUUUUGCCUGAAGGUUUUCAACGAUUUGAUCCAGGUUAUAUUUCGUACAUCGCCUAUCUUCAUGUUCAAGCUACAUUUAGAAAUCCUAUUUUACGAGUAUUUUGUCAGACAAUUUUUGACAGAAAAAAUGGUAUCCGUCAAUGGAAUUAUUUACCUCAAGCCCGCACCAGGUGGUUCCUUGCCUUAACCUUGACCCGCAAUCCUCAGAUCAUCAGUUAUCGUAAAGUUAAAGAAAAAGUUUUAAAUGAUCCAGUUCGCACGAGUUCUUUGAAAAUCAAUUUGCCCAGUUCGGAUGAAACCAACUUAGUUGUGUGAGAUAUAGUUAUAUCCACGACAACAACGUUUUAGUGGGGAAUGUUAACAAUUGUUUGUUUCAUUUGUUAUAUUUACUUUCAUGGUUUGAUAGUAAUAGAGAGUAGUUGAAAACUGAAGUAAUGAUCAACUUUCGAGCUGAAACAUAACACUAUCUAUAUAAGUAUAGUGAUAACAAGACAACAGUCUUUAUUCUUCUUUUUUGAUUCAAUUCUACCAAUAAGUGAGAAGCAUUUAUCUUAAAUUUUUACUGAUACAUCUUGUUAACAAUAUUUUCUUGUGGAAUUUUUUCAGUUUAUGAAGUAAAAGAUAUUUUUUCCCAUCAUAUUCUCAAUACUAUCUCCUUGCAACAGCUGCCAUAAUUGGUUAUCAUAGAAGCAAAGUUUAAUAAAAUUGAGUCACUUUUGUCUUUAAACUUUAAAUCUAUAUUCAUAUUGAUUUUUUUCAUCAUCAUAUCCAUAGAAAAUUUUGUCCAUUAUGUUCUACAGUUUCAGUUUCUUCAUAAUUCUUUUAUCAUCUCUAUGUCGUACAUCUUUGGAAACAUUGUUAUAUUUCCAAAUUUGAUAAUCAGUAUAAUCUAAAGAUUCUGUAAAUAAUAGUUUUUGCGUAAUUAAAGAACAGCGUGGGCUAUUGACUACAACAUUGGCUCACACCUUAGCCAAUAA